AUGCAAAGAAAUGCGCAUGAUUCUCCUGUAUAUCUUGGUUUCGGAAACGCUUUAGAAAUUGAUAACUUGUAUCGCCUUCGAAGUAUAUUUUUACCAUUGGGGAAAAUCGGUGGUAAGCCGUCAUGGCUUAACCCUCAGUAUCUUCCUACAACAGCUGACUUGCAGUGCAGUGUAACAAAGCGCAACCUGCCUUUUUUGAUCCAAAUUUAUGCAACAGGUGAGAACGACCGACCUCCUCACGCUUUUCAUCGAGCCCUUUUCAUCUUCAUCUGUCGUGAUCCGGAGUGCUCCAAGAGCAACGACGCAUCUAACAUAGCUGUGUUUCGCUGCUGCCUUCCACGAGAAAAUCCAUACUACUCUUUUGAAGGACCAAUGGAUCCCGAUUUAGAUGGCGAUGUUCCUGAUCCGCACUUACCUGAGAAUGCCCCUAGUUUAUGUCGAAUCUGCGGUUGCUAUGCUUCUAAGAAAUGCGGAAAAUGUGGAAUUGCUUGGUACUGCUGCCGUAACCACCAAGCACUGGAUUGGACAACCGGACACAAGCAAUCAUGUGGCACAGGAGACGAUCCUGCAUGUCUGCUCCUCUUGAGAAUCCAUCCAAACAGAUUUCUUUUCAAAGAGUACGGCAUUGAAAUGGAUCAGCAUAAUGACAACUUCAAAACAGAAGAAGUUGAAGCAGCAGUAGCCGAACAACGAAAUGACAAAAAGUUUGAAAGGUUCAAUCGAACUCCUCUUUUGGCAACAGAUCGUGCUCCUCCAUUGAAGGCAGCUCCACUAUGUGAACGAUGCGGAGCAUCACGCACCUUUGAGCUACAAUUGAUGCCUCACCUUCUCUCACUCAUCGGUGUGGAUCAAAUAGGUCAUUCGAUUGAUUGGGCUUCCAUUUACGUCUUUACCUGUUCACAAACAUGUGAGAUUGAAAACCAUGGCUAUGCAAAGGAAUUCGCUUUUCUUUUUGGCUACUCUGCGGAUGAAGCACUGACCUAUUCUGCUAUCAUUGCUGUAAUCCUUGUACACGUGGUUCUCUGCUUCUGGCUUUUUACUGCAAGUAAAGAAGAAGAUAAGAGAACAAUAAAGAAGCAAGACUAG